ACAAACAUGGCGGACGAAGUGGAGACUUUUCUCAAAGCAGACUUACCAAAUCUAGCAUUUCCCGUUUUAGAAGAUAUCAGAAGGCAGGGCAAACUAUGCGAUGUGACCCUCAAGGUGGGAGAUAGGAAGUUUCGUGCACACAGAAUUGUGCUGGCUGCAAGUAUUCCGUACUUCCAUGCAAUGUUCACACAUGACAUGGUGGAAUCCAAGCAAGACGAAAUCAGCAUGCAGGGAAUUGACCCUAAUGCCUUGGAAUCUCUUGUAAACUUUGCCUACAAUGGCCGUGUUGAAAUAGACCAGAACAAUGUCCAGUCUCUCCUGGUGGCUGCCAGUUUUCUACAUCUACAGUCUGUCAAGGAUGCUUGCUGCAACUUCCUCAAUAAGAGACUUCAUCCAACAAACUGCCUUGGAGUGCGGAGUUUCGCUGACCAGUACAUGUGUACAGGACUAGUGGAGGCUGCUAACAAAUACGUCCAGAAACACUUUAAGGAUGUGAUGAGAUCGGAAGAGUUCUUGAACCUUCCCCGGACAGAUGUCCUUGAUAUCUUGGGCAGGGACGAGCUGAAUGUUAGCACAGAGGAACAGGUUUAUGAGGCUGUCCUGCUUUGGGUAAAGAAAGAAAUUGAUUCCCGUCAAGACUGCCUUCCUGAGUUGAUGGUGAAAGUUCGCCUGCCCCUGCUCACCCCGCAGUUUCUGAGUGACCGGGUGGCUACAGAAGAGCUGAUCAAAUCAUCACACAAAUGCAGGGACCUACUAGAUGUAGCGAGGGACUACCACCUGAUGCUUGAGAGGCGGCCAUUACUACAGACAUUCAAGGCUCGGCCCCGGUGUUGUUCGGACAUCCCCGGCAUGAUCUACGCUGUUGGAGGACUUACUUCAUCAGGAGAUUCUUUGAGCACGGUGGAGUGUUUUGACCCUUUGGUAAGUCGCUGGAGCGUUGCUGAGGCAAUGAGUACCAUGAGAAGUCGUGUUGGAGUAGCUGUCCUUAAUGGUCAGCUGUAUGCUAUAGGGGGUUAUGAUGGACAGGACCGACUAAGUACAGUGGAAGUGUUUGAUCAGUCAACUAAACGAUGGAAAAAAGUUGCAGCCAUGAACUGUAAAAGAAGUGCCCUAGGGGCCGCUGCGCUCAAUAGACGUUUGUACGUUCUUGGUGGUUAUGACGGAGUUACCUCCCUAAAAUCUGUGGAGGUGUUUGACCCAGAAAACAAUGUCUGGACAAUUCUUUCCAACAUGUUAAAACACAGGAGUGCAUCCGGAGUUACGGUCCUUGACGGGGAAAUAUAUGCCUGCGGAGGCCAUGAUGGAUUGUCUAUAUUUGACUCUGUGGAGUGUUACAACACAUCUACGAACACAUGGCGAUAUCUGGCCCCUAUGAUGUCUAAACGCUGCAGACUUGGAAUAGCAGCAUUGAACGGCAAACUGUACGCAGCCGGGGGUUAUGAUGGAUCUGUGUUUCUCAAAACUGUUGAGUGCUACAAUCCAGAAAAAAAUGAAUGGAGACCUGUGAAAGCCAUGAAAGUAAAACGAAGCAGAGUGGCGCUGGUUUCAACAUAUGGAAAAAUAUACGCUAUAGGUGGUUACGAUGGUUCUACUAACCUGAGUUCUGUGGAAAUGUACGAUCCAGAGAAAGAUACGUGGGAGUUUGUGUCACCAAUGACAGCACACGAGGGAGGAGUUGGGGUGGGGGUUGUGCCGGUAGAGCCGGAGGUGUGAGAGUAGCUUUGAGCUAAAGGGAAUAAAAGGGAUUGGUAUUUCAGGGGUUUUCUAGGCAACCCAUUCAUCAGGUAUUCCUAGACAUUCCCCAUGGGAAAUAAGUACGCAGAAUAUCACAUUUUAACCAGUUAGAUCUGAGAUUUCAUUUCCCCAUCUAACAGAACUUUACAAAAGCUACAUUUCAAAAGUGGUGCUGAGUGAGGAUGUUUCCUUAUGUGUGGAUCAAUAGACAUGCCUUAACAAACUCUUGGUAGUGUACAGUACACUCCGGCUUAUAUCAUACAUGUUUUAUCCAGGGCCAGUAGUUAAACAACAUCUUAAGUCAUUUCCUAACUUACCAUUUUCCUUAUUUAAAUCUCUCUCUCUCAUGUGAUAUAGUUUCAUAAAAAUUCUGGAAGACUAUUUUCAUUUACUCUUUUUAAAAUACUUACCUCUAUGGCUAUGUUUAUAACACUAAAUAAACUUUUGUUAAAUUGACAAUGUUUUUUUAAAAAACUUAAUGUCAGACUUAUGAUAGAAAAUGACUUAAGAGCAUGUAUGGUGACCAGUUUUGUUUUUAUUUACUGGUAACAGUCAAUUUGUGUAUCAUUAUAUUGAAAAAGUAUAGGGCAAACAUGACCAGCAUUAGGAAAAUAUUAACUAGUCAUUAUACACUUUACCAGCCUUCAACCAGUAUUAGUAUGACAAAAAAUGUCAUUAAAAGGCAAGAUACAGUUGCAUUUUCAACAUCCGGCCUUGUAUGUUUACAGUCAGUUUCCAAUUUUAAAGCCUCCCUGUCUGGCAAGAAAAAAUGCCCUGAAAAAACCCAUACUACUUUUGUUUCUUAGACAACAUGCAUUAAGCAGAUUUUAACAUGUUUACUUAAUGAAAAGUCCAUAUACAUAAAUGAGUCCAUAUCUGACAAGAUAAUCAACUGUUCACAUAAUCCUUAUGUUCUUUGCCUCAUGGAGUCCGAAGGCAGUUUAUUUAUUUAAGGAAUGGAAGCUGAGGUGUAAAUAUUUAUGCUUGAACAGGCGAUGUAUAACGAUAACUUUUGAAGUCAAGUGUGGCUUCAGGGUUGUUGGCAAAACCUUGGGCCGACAAUAACAUCAGUAUUUAUAGUCCAAUCAUGAUAAAAGUUAGUGACAGUUUUUGUUGGCAUAAUAUCUGGGUCAAUUUUGAACACGGGAUAACUUGUCUUAGUAGCUCAGGAGUUAUUCUCCUUUUAUUGAAAAAUAGAGUUGCUUUAUUACUGGUGCAGACAAUUACUUACUUUAGUAUUGUCCAAUAAGGAUUAAACUUUAUAACAUUGUUUGUAAAAAUAAUGUCUUGACCAAGUCUUGACCAAGUUCAAUAAAUCAAGUACACCACAGAUAUGCCCCUUCUAAAUUAAAAUUCAAUUAGCAUAGUUUUUGAUUUGCUAAAAUAAUCAGGCAAAGUUUUCAAUUCCUACCAAGUUUUGCUCCAUUUACAUAAAAAUUAAUAUUUUAAUUGGUUUCACUACGAAAGGCCCUCUGAACAAGGGCCAAUUCUGUGGAAUUCUAGUUUAAAUAAUUAAAAGUUAUUAUGAGAGAAAUUUAUACUCUUGUUUAUUGAAUUGUGUUUGGAAUCAAAUAGGAAUAAAUACGGCAUCAUCUUUAAACAGAAUCUUAAAAUUCUUGAAAAUAUUUUUUAGACCUAAUAAGUUGAUUGUUAAACAGUAUGGAACAGACUAUUUGUAAUGUUUCCAACAUUAUCACCGGUGCUUUGUUGUGAAAUUGUGUAUGAUUUGUGAUAUUGUCAUAGUCAGAAGAUAACCCCUGUUGAUGUGUUUUUUAAUUAGUUCAAAGUCAUAGUGUCCUAAAAUAAAAAAAAUAAUGGACGCUUUGGACAUGUGACACAUCUGAUUUGCAGAAUUUAAGUUCAUUGUAUAUAGAAGCCCGAUAAGAAGGGGCAAUUUCGCCUCUGAAAAAUCAUGCAUUUACUGUGAAAUAGAGCCUCUGUACCCAAACUGUAUGUUUGUAUUGUUAAAUAAUUAUUUACUGCAUCUUUAAUGAUGUGUUUCUGUUUUCUGAAGUUCAUGUUAGUUCAACAGUAAAUUUAUUCAUCAAUACAGGAUUAAUACUGCUGAAUUGUUGAAGCACCGAACAUUCAUAUAGGAUAAUGCAUGUGUUUUGCAUAUUGAUAAAUGCAUACCAUAACAUGUUCCUACCCUGGGUUUCAAAAAUAUCUUGAAUCUCAGUACUGAAGGUAGGCUUUAGAGUUAAACUACUUGUAAGAACAUCAAUUACGUGAUAUGAACUUUGUGAUAUAGAUUUCUUGUUGUGACAUGCAUGCAUAACAAUAGUGAUGGUUGUUGCUUAAUUUAUUUAUAGAUUUUGUGCAACUACUUGUAUACAAUUUGGGCAUAGGAAAAUAGUAAAUUAUCCGAAAUAUGUGUACAUGUAUAUUGAUAUACAUGUAUGUUCAGGGUCUAUCAAAUUUAAAAGUACUAGUGAUAAUUUGGUGCUUUUUUAACUGGGGAACUGGUGGCCACUUAGCUAUAAAUUAAAAAAAAUAAAAUAUAUAGACUUAUAUUUUUUUUAUCUGUACAUAAAUUAUUUUUGUUUUGUCUUGAUCAUUUAAGUCAAGUGAGUUAAACAAUGCAUCAAAAUUAAAAAAAUAUACUUUAUAUUACAUUGUGCCCCUGUCAUAUUUACUAUAUGGCCUAUUUCUGCUUGUCAUGGUUCAUUUAUAUUCUGUCACCAGGAUUGUGAAUCUCUUUAAACCCUUUUUUUAUGUACCAUCAUACAUGUUUGAUUUCAUAAUUGAAGAAGUGUCAUGGUUUUUAUUGUGAACAGUCUUUAUAUUUGUUUAGUAUUUCAUAUCUUGUGCAAGGAAGAAAUGAAAUAUAAUAUUUCUGUUAAAUUAAUUGGAAUGAAAACAGCAUUACUCUUUGAAAUAAUUUUUUUUGUAAUGUUGCGUGUAUGUCUAGUCAGGUAGAGCAAUGUUGUAUGUGCAGUAUUAAUGCAGAUGUUAACGAAACAUGUUAACUGUUCAGUUUCAGCGAUAUUAAAGUGGUGAUUACUUUGGCUUGAACAAUUGACACAAGUUAUUUUGACUUUGACACAGGCUCAAAUUUCUUGAGCAUGCAUAACAGGCUUAAUUUAAAUAAGCCAACUCACUUGUUAACAUGACUUGGAAGUAAAGCUUGUUUGUUAUUCAGAAAAUUAUUUAUAUAUUGUCAAAGUCCAGGUGUCAGCAGCAGCAUUGUCAUUGAAGCACUUGAACCUUGAAUAACACUCAGAACUCUCUCAAGAUCCCCACUUUGUUCACAAUGAACAUUUCAAGGAAAGCCUAUUACUUAGUUUUAUGAAGUUUAAACAGAUUGUUGUAUUUUACACAAGAAAAUCAGUUUGUUUAUUUCCUUUUUUUCCAUUUAUUUUUUAUUAUUUCAAUGUGGAAUAUUACUCUGACUCACAUGAUAUGCAAAAUGGUGAAUCUGUUCAAAUAUGUGAAAUAGUUGAUUUCACAAAUAAUGUUGGUUGUAUGAGUAGUAUGCGCCAAAGGCUAUAGUUUAAGGAAUGUUUGGCAUGACAAUCCCCUGCUGUGCAUCGCCUGCUAAUUGCACUGAUGUCACAGUGGGGCCAAUUUCCUGUUUAUUUGUUUAUUGGCUCAGGGCCAUUUAGGGUCCAUUCAAGUAUAAAACCUCCAAAACUGCACAGCAGGAUAUUCAGAUCAGAGAUCUGAUAAGACAAUUAGAUGAAGAUAAAUACACAUAGGUUGGGGGGGGGGGGGUCACUUAAAGAAGGAUUAAACUAGGCCUUUAACUUAUUGUGUCCAAUAUUUGCCACUGUCUCUGUUUUGUUAUAUUUGUUUUCAAUACACAAGUGUUCGUUGCAUUUUGUUGACCAAAAUGUUUUGAAAUCUUAUGUCAUUUGUGAGAUUGUAUCUUGACAUUUAUGUUUUAAUGUUUAUUCUUUCUUGACCAUUUUGUGGUAUUUUAAAUGUGAAUACUUGUUUUAUUCUUCAAUAAACUCUGCAAAUGCCAAAAAUGUCGACUAUUACUGGUACAAUUCAUAUACACCGCACAAUGUACAUGUUAUUGUUUUGAGAAAAAAAUACUGCUCAUUUUAAAGUUCUACUGAUCUCUCAUUGGUUGUAUGUGUAGAGAACACAAUGUUUUAUCACAGAGUUGAACCAGUAGAUUAAGUACAUUUGUCAGUAGGCUGUGUAUGUGUGGUAUUACGAACGUUCUGAAGUAAUACAACUGUUUCAAUUUACCGGAAAGGAUGAAUAA